UGUAGAUUAUCUUGUGUAACAUAAACAAAAGGUGUGCAAAUAAAACGCCGCACCGCAGUGCAAUCGCAUUUUGAAAACGCUCUGCUUGAGGCUCACAUGACAAAGAGCUAAGAGAUAAUGGCCGCUGGAGACAAUAGGUAGUAAAUGCUACGCAGACAGGAUAUCAAGGCACACAUAUUGAGCAAUCAAAGGACAUGGCAGCCGCGACGUCAGCGACCCGCGAAUUCGUUGAGGGCUGGACUCUAGCGCAGACGCUAGGUGAAGGCGCCUAUGGCGAGGUCAAGUUGCUUAUCAAUCGUCAGACGGGAGAGGCCGUGGCCAUGAAAAUGGUCGACUUGAAGAAGCAUCCCGAUGCCGUGAUCUCAGUGCGUAAAGAGGUCUGCAUACAAAAAAUGCUACAGGACACGCACAUCUUACGCUUCUUUGGCAAGCGAUCCCAGGGACAUGUGGAGUAUAUCUUUCUGGAAUAUGCUGCCGGUGGAGAGCUAUUCGAUCGGAUCGAACCUGACAUUGGCAUGCCGCAGCAUGAAGCCCAGCGUUACUUCACCCAACUGCUCUCUGGUCUGAACUAUUUGCACCAACGUGGUAUUGCCCAUCGUGAUCUGAAACCUGAGAAUCUGCUGCUGGACGAACAUGAUAAUGUUAAAAUCUCCGACUUUGGAAUGGCCACUAUGUUUAGAUGCAAGGGGCGAGAGCGUCUGCUAGACAAGCGCUGCGGCACCCUACCUUAUGUGGCGCCUGAGGUUCUAUUGAAGCCGUAUCAUGCCCAACCGGCGGACAUUUGGUCCUGUGGCGUCAUAUUGGUGACAAUGCUAGCGGGUGAGCUGCCCUGGGAUCAGCCUUCGGCUGGCUGCGCGGAAUUUAUCACCUGGAAGGACAACGAUCGCUGGCAAACGCAAACCCCAUGGAGCAAGCUGGAUACUUUGGCCGUGUCGCUGCUGCGCAAGGUGUUGGCCAGCAGUCCGGGUGGACGCCUAACGCUGGACAAGAUACUCGAUCACAAGUGGUGCAACAUGCAGUUUGCCGAGCAUGAUCGUUCCUAUGAUUUAGUUGACUCGGCCGCCGCUCUGGAGAUUUGCUCGCCCAAGGCUAAGCGGCAGCGCCUACAGUCGAGCGCACAAUUGAGCAGCAAUUUGGAUGAUUCAAUAUCGCGCAACUAUUGCUCUCAGCCGAUGCCCACGAUGCGCAGCGAUGAUGAGUUUGUGCCGCGAUUGCGUAAAUCGAAUGGGAAUGGCCAAGAGGCAGAUGACGAUAGGCAGGCACUGGCUCAGGAGGCACGCUUAACCUAUUGCUUCUCACAGCCCGCGAUGCUGGACGAUCUGCUGCUGGCAACACAGAUGAAUCAGACGCAACAAAGCGCAUCGCAGAAUUUCUUCCAGCGCUUGGUGCGACGCAUGACUCGCUUCUUUGUGACGACGCGCUGGGACGAUACCAUAAAGCGGCUGGUGAGCACCAUCGAGCGCCUGGGUAGCUACACGUGCAAGGUCAGCGACGAUGGUGUUGUCACAAUCUCGACCAUUGAUAGACGCAAGCUGCGCUUAGUGUUUAAGGCGCACAUCAUUGAGAUGGAUGGCAAAAUACUCGUUGAUUUUCGACUCUCGAAGGGCUGUGGCCUCGAGUUCAAGCGACGCUUUAUCAAAAUUAAACUUGCUCUCGAAGAUAUUCUGUUAAAGGGCCCAACGACUUGGCCUAUAGCCAUUGCAACCAAUUCGGUGCCCUAGGUAUUACAAAUUAAGCAUAGAAAGAUAGAUAGAUAAGCAUAUCACCUGGUUUUCUAAUCAGACACCUAUUUUAUGUCACUUUUUUAACCUCAUCUUUAGAAUAAGUUGAUCAAAAAAGCUUUUAGUUUUGUUAAAUGUUGAAUAAGUAUUUUUACUCUAGUUAGCUAAACGUUAUGAAACAAUAAAUUGAC